AUGUAUCGUGAUUUGAGACAGUUGAGUAGGAUAAAGAGGGACAUCGCUGAUUUUGUUUCUCAGUGUUUGAAUUGCCAGGAAGUUAAGUACGAGCACCAGAGACCAGACCGACGGUCAGUCGAAAGGAAUAUUCAGGUGCUUGAGGACAUGUUGAGAGCUUGUGUUAUCGACUUUGGCGGUCAUUUGGCCCAGUUCUUAUCGUUGGUAGAGUUUGUGUACAACAACAGUUAUCACUCGAGUAUCGACAUGGCACUGUUUAAGGCUUUAUAUGGUGGGAGAUGUCGUUCUCCGAUUGGGUGGUUUGAUGCUUUCGAGGUGAGACCUUGGGGUGUUGUUGAAGGUUCACCCAUGAAGGUUGUGAUGCGAUUUGGGAAGAAGGGAAAGUUGAUCCUGAGGUUUAUUGGUGCCUUCGAGAUUCUCUAUCGUGUUGUUAAGGUGGCUUAUGAGUUGGCUUUGCCACAAGGUCUGUCAGAUGUUCAUCCGGUAUUUCAUGUUUUGAAGAAGUACCAUUCUGACGAUUCUUACAUCAUUUAG